AUUUUAACGAAUCAGACGAAAGAAAAUAUUUUCUGCGUCACAGAAAAACAUGGCAUCGUUGAAAGAAAUCGUGAUCAUGUACCAAAGUUUGAAGAGAGAAUGGGACAAAAAGCCACCGAAUUUAGACAGAUGUGGGGACUUUCUUACAAAAUUAAAGAUUGCUCUGACAGGAGUAACAUUUUUACCUACAGACGAGAGUGCACCAUCUAAACAAGAACUUCUAGUUGCAAGAGAUAUCUUAGAAAUAGGUGCACAGUGGGCCAUCGCUAAAAGAGACAUCCCAGUGUUUGAGAGAUACAUGGCUCAAUUGAAAUGUUAUUACAUGGACUAUAAAGAUAACCUUCCGGAGUCUACCUACAAAUACCAGUUACUGGGUUUGAAUCUCCUCUGCUUGUUGGCUCAGAACAGAUUGGCAGAAUUCCAUACAGAACUUGAAUUAUUACCAGUAAAAGAACUACAGAAUAACAUAUACAUUAAACACCCUGUUUCAAUGGAACAAUAUUUGAUGGAGGGUAGUUAUAACAAGGUUUUCCUCGCCAAGGGAAAUGUUCCAGCUGAAAACUAUAACUUUUUCAUUGAUAUACUGUUGGAUACAAUUAGAAAUGAAAUUGCAAGUUGUAUUGAAAAGGCUUAUGAGAAAAUAGCACUAAAUGAGGCAGCAAGAAUGCUCUUUUUUGAGAACGCAAAACCGAUGAAAGAUUAUGCUGUACAGAGAGGAUGGACACUACCUCCUGAUGGAUUCUUCCAUUUCCAGCAUGAGAAGAAGGAUGCUGAUGAAGUGAUUCCUGCGAAGAUGCUGGCUGAACAGACCAUAGAGUACGCCAGGGAGCUAGAGAUGAUUGUGUAGUUUCAUUUAGGUCUUCUAUUUAUUAUCAUUCAUGGACAGUAACUCUGACAGACUUGUGGCUGUGAUAGUGAUCUGAAGAUGCAAGUCUUUUGUGCAUGCGUCUAGAAAACUACAAGUGUUACAAAACUAGACCUCGUACUCUAAUGGAGCUUAUGUAUAUCUUGUCUUGCUCUUAACAAGACUUUGCAAGGAAAAUGUUCAAGAAAAAAGGUCAAGAGUUUAUAAUAAAGUGGAGUAUGACAAUGUCAUAUCAUUCAUAUGAAGAAAAAAAAAUAUUUAUGGAAUUUAAAUACCUCAGUUCUUCAUUUAGAGUAAAACACUUUGCAUUUAUCAUGUUAUGAUAAACUUCAGAAGUACUAGUGGUACAUAUAUAAACAUCAAUAUAAUAUCUAAUGAUACAAAUUAUACCAAUUAACUGAUUAAAUCAAUGGAAAAUGUCAACUCUCACAUAUGUAUUUGAUAAAUAGAAUUAUAAUAAUCAAUAAAAAAGAAGAUGAA